UCACUCCCCCUCUCUCUCUCUCUCUUUCUCUCUCUUUCAUUCUCUGUGAGUGGAGUUCCCGGUCUGCAGCUCUAAUGGCGGAGGGAGGAGAGCUCUUCGGGAGGGAAGGCCAGACUCAUCAUCUGAAGAAGGAAUCUAUGAACUUUGAUGCCGGAUUUCCGUUUUCUGAGCACUUCUCGUGCCCAUUGGCCGGCGAAUUCAUGGGGGUAAAUGAUUUUCCAGGGUUCGAUACGUCCUACAUGAGCUUCACACAGUUCCUGCAGACCAAGAUCCCCGCUGAUUACCUGAAGGGUUCUCACCUGGACGUGUCUUGCGGGUCGGAGGUCUUGAAUUCCGGCGAGGUCGCUGAUCCGGUGCCAGAGGCAGCAACCACGCAGCAGUCAUCGGAUUCUUCUUCAACCACCGAGGCAGUCGAUGAAGAUUCGGGCAAGAGCACGAAGGAUCAGUCAAGUGCAGUCGAUGAUGGACAGGAAAAGAGUAAGAAAACGAACAAGGCAAGGAAGAAAGGAGAGAAAAAGCAACGGCAACCGCGCUUUGCUUUCAUGACCAAAAGCGAGGUGGAUCAUCUAGAAGAUGGUUACAGAUGGAGGAAAUACGGCCAAAAAGCUGUGAAGAACAGUCCCUAUCCGAGGAGCUAUUACAGGUGCACCAGCCAAAAAUGCUCGGUGAAGAAGCGGGUGGAGAGAUCCUUUCAAGAUCCUACCAUAGUGAUCACUACAUAUGAAGGCCAGCACACGCACCAGAGCCCAGCAACGAUGAGAGGGACCAGCACAGGAAUUGGAGGAGGAGGCGGCAUUAUGGGGAUGCACCCAUUUGCAUCAACCAACUCUACGGCCGGAUACCGCUUUUUUCCGGCGGAGCUGCCGGUGCAUCUCCCUGACACGAGCAACCAACUAAACGCCAACCACUUCCUCAUGCAGCAGACCGCUAGUAACCCUCUUUUUCACCAAGCUCAGCAACUCGGCCAGCUGCCUGACUACGGCCUCCUCCAGGACAUCAUUCCCUCUUUCAAUGGCAGAGAACAGUGAACUGUGAAGCCCGAGCUUCCAUUAUCCUUUCCGCUUCAAAUUUUCUCUCUUUCUUGACCAUGUAUAGGCCUGUAAUAACAUAGUCUUUAAUUGGUACUAGGCGUGAGGACAUAGCAUUAAAUUCUGAUAUCUUUUUGACGUAUACAUAGCAAUCUCUCUUUAUUCCUUACACCCAGUUGAGGAUUCAAUGAAAUGAUCGACUUCUAUUUCUGAAAUCUUA